AUGGCGCCAUUCCUCCAAGCACUGCCUUGCAUCCUAGCAGCAAUAGCCGUCGUGCAGGCAUCUUCACUUCGUGGCAUCAACCCUGAACGUCAACACUUGUACCAGCCAAAGAAUGGACAAUGGGAAUGCCUUGACAACUCAAAGGCUAUACCAGCAACUGCUAUCAACGACGAUUACUGUGAUUGCCCGGAUGGAUCGGAUGAGCCUGGCACAUCGGCUUGUCCCAACAGCAUGUUUUACUGUGAAAACAAAGGGCACAUUCCUGCGUAUAUCAAAUCAUGGGCAGUAGACGAUGGUGUAUGUGAUGAAGCCUGUUGUGACGGAUCCGAUGAAAUCAGUGGCCUUGUUCAAUGUCCCAAUGUAUGCGACAAGGUGGCAGCCGAGCAUGCUCAAAUACAGGCGGCCCUGAGGAAAAUCCAGACUGAAGGUGCAACAGCCAAGAGCAAACUGAUCCAGGAAGCUGAAGCGACUGUGCGUGGAUGGGAGGAUGAGAAAUCGAAAUUGGAGGAUAACCUAGCGAUCCAAAGGGCCGAGCUUUUGAGGCGACAACAGGAAAUUGACGCCAUCGAGAAAUCAGCCAAGUCAUCGUCCUCCAAAUCGAAAGGAAGCAAAAAGGCGUGCCCACCUUGCAACGCAGCUUUACUCAGUGAACACAUCCGCACCUUGGAAGAUGAGAUUGAAUCAUUGACUACCAUCCUGAAGACUAUGAAACGGGACCACAACCACAAUUUCCAUGAUUUGGCUGUCAAAGCUGCUAUCGGUGGCUAUGAUGAAUUUAUUGAAGGAUACGAUGAAUUGAAAGCUGAAAUCGACAAGGAUCUGAUAAGCGAAGAGGAUUACACGUUCGAGAACGCUGAUGAAGAGGUUGAGGAGGAGGAAGUUGAAAUCGAUGAUCCGGUAGAAAAGGCUGGUAAAGUAGCUGGCAUGCAUCCGUGGUUGGAGAAGAUCGUGGCAGUGAUCCCGCCCAAAUGGAGACAUUUUGUCACCCAGGAGGAAACAAAGGAUCCUGUAGAUCAUAAAACCAAUCCAGCUCUGGAAGCCGCUCGCAAAGCAUACAACGAUGUCAACAACGAGAUCCAAUCGCUGGAGCGUAAUUUGCAAACCAUCAAUGAUGACCUUGGCAAGGAUUAUGGUGAAAAGCAUGAAUGGCUCAAGCUCAAGGAUACAUGCGUAGAGAAGAAUGAAGGAGAAUACACAUACUCGGUCUGCUUAUUCGGCAAUGCAUAUCAGAAAUCCAACAAGGAUGGUGCGAGGGUCAACUUGGGCCGUUUUGAUCAAUUCUUGGGCGAUGAACACAAGGAACAGAUUUACAAUCGUGGUACCAAAUGCUGGAAUGGACCAGAACGAAGCGUGCAUGCUAAAUUUGAGUGUGGUGGAGAAACCGAAAUCAUUGAAGUGACCGAACCUGAAAAAUGUGAAUACCGAUACCGGCUCAAAACACCCGCUGUAUGUCCAUUGACCGAUGAAUUGAAGCAAGAAGGCAAAGGUCGACCUGUGCAUGAGGAGCUAUAA